ACCAACAUGCGACACAAAAUCGCGUAAAAUUUCCAUCUGGACAUUAAUUCAAAAUAAAGAAGAAAAACAAAACUUUUUUAAGUGAUUUCGAGGAGUUUUAUCAAAUAGAAAGUGCGUUAGUUUUAAUUGGAUUUUCUUUAGUUUGGUUUUCUUCCAUAUCCAAUUCGAUUUAAAGAAGGGGUGGAAUCAAGAUUUGAGUGAAGAUGGCGGCCACGGGGAUGAGGAAUGAUAGUGACGACAACUUCUCGGAUGACGAGAGUGUUCCUUUGACCCAUGAUAUUUAUGGUGGAAGUACGCGAACUGUACAAGACACGAAAGGAUGGGAUGUGUUCAGAGAUCCACCGACGAAGAUGGAUUCGGGUUCCAUGGCGAACCAGAAGUGUCUCGAUAUCACCGUGAGGAUAUUCAAAAUAAUAGCUUACCUGGUGACGUUCGUCAUAGUCCUAGUUUCCGGCGUGAUCUCAAAAGGCACGUUGCUCUUCAUGACCUCCCAACUGAAGGCGGAUAAAUACACCACUUACUGCAACAAGGAAUUGGGUCGAGAAAAGCAGUUCGUCGUGAAGCUUCCUCAGGAGGAACGAGUUGCUUGGAUGUGGUGUCUGCUGUUCGCGUUCUGCGUGCCACAAUUAGGUACACUGUUCCGGUCCUCGAGGAUGUGCUUCUUCAAGUCAUGGAAGAAACCAGCCUUCUCUCAUUUCCUGAUCGUAUUCAUCUGCGAAACGGCUCACACAAUUGGAAUAGCUAUGCUCGUCUUCUGUAUUUUACCUGAUCUGGACGUCGUCAAGGGAGCUAUGUUGACCAAUUGUCUAUGCUUUAUUCCUGGUGUUCUCGGUCUUUUGUCGAGGAACAACAAGGAAUCGCAACGCUUCAUCAAGGUCAUCAUCGAUUUAGUGGCAAUCACAGCGCAAGCCACAGGUUUCGUCGUUUGGCCGAUUGUUGAAAGAAAACCUCAACUCUGGUUGAUCCCUAUAGCAAUUUUCCUUACAUCCUGCGGCUGGUGGGAAAACUACAUCAGCAAGCAUUCCCCGAUCCCAUUCAUCAAACGUCUCGGUAAAGUGAAGGAGGAAUUCCAGGCAUGCCGCUACUUCUCCUACAUGUUCAUCUCGAUUUGGAAAUGCCUUUGCUUCUUCUUCUCCAUCCUCUUCAUCAAUUUAGUGCAGACCGGCGAAAUAGGAUUCUUCUUCUCUGAUUUCAACAGCGGUUUCAGCGAUCGUAGAAUCACCAUUUUGGAAGUAAAACCAGCGUUGGGUGGUACUUCCAUGCCGGAUAUUUCCGACUUUAUCCCAACCGGUGACGACACAACAGUACCAGCUCUAUUCAAGACUUCGAUUCACGUGAUGUUAAUCAAUAUUUUCGCGUCUUAUUUCUGCUACAUUUUCGGAAAAUUCGCCUGCAAAAUCAUGAUCCAAGGAUUCUCUUAUGCGUUCCCGGUGAACCUAACGAUCCCAGUCUCCAUUUCCUUGUUGAUCGCAGCUUGUGGAUUGAGGAACGAGGACCCCUGCUUCUUCAACGAUAACAUUCCUGGAUACUUGUUCUUCGAAAGUCCUCCAGCUUACUUCUUGAACGACUUUAUUUCGAACCAACACGCCUGGGUUUGGUUGCUGUGGCUAUUAUCACAAACAUGGAUCACAUUGCAUAUUUGGACACCGAAGUGCGAGCGUUUGGCGAGAACCGAGAAAUUAUACUUAUCUCCAAUGUACGAAGGUUUGUUUAUAGACCAAAGUAUGGGAAUGAACAGGAAGAGAGAUGAUGAAGCCGAUGUAAAAACCGAAGAAUUGGAUGAAAUUCAGAAAGAAAAGGGUGAUGAAUAUUACGAGACCAUUUCCAACCACACUGACGGAUCGACUCCGAAAACUGUUAAGAAUUCUGAUCACAUCACUAGGAUUUACGCUUGCGCAACUAUGUGGCACGAAAACAAAGAGGAGAUGAUUGAGUUCUUGAAAUCUAUUCUCAGGUUAGAUGAGGAUCAAUCCGCGCGUAGAGUGGCUCAAAAAUAUUUGCGAGUCGUCGAUCCUGAUUACUACGAAUUCGAAACGCACAUUUUCUUCGAUGACGCUUUUGAAAUUUCCGAUCACAAUGAUGAUGAUACGCAGGUAAAUCGUUUCGUGAAACUGUUGGUUGCAACAGUGGAUGAAGCUGCUAGCGAUGUCCAUCAAACCCAUAUCAGGAUCAGACCACCCAAGAAGUUGCCGACUCCUUAUGGAGGAAGGUUGAUUUGGACUUUACCUGGAAAAACGAAGAUGAUUGCUCACUUGAAAGAUAAAAUGAAGAUCAGGCACAGGAAACGUUGGUCCCAGGUCAUGUACAUGUACUACCUUCUCGGUCACAGACUCAUGGAAUUGCCAAUUUCCGUUGAUAGAAAGGCAGUGAUUGCUGAAAACACUUACUUGUUGACUCUGGAUGGAGACAUUGAUUUCCAACCAUCUGCUGUGACUUUGCUUAUCGAUUUGAUGAAGAAAAACAAGAACUUGGGAGCUGCUUGCGGACGUAUCCAUCCUGUCGGUUCCGGACCCAUGGUUUGGUAUCAACUCUUCGAAUACGCUAUUGGCCAUUGGCUGCAAAAGGCCACCGAACACAUGAUUGGAUGCGUACUUUGUAGUCCGGGAUGUUUCUCGCUCUUCAGAGGAAAAGCUCUUAUGGACGACAACGUUAUGAAGAAAUACACAUUGAGAUCCGACGAAGCUAGGCAUUACGUGCAGUACGAUCAGGGAGAAGAUCGUUGGUUGUGUACAUUGCUUUUGCAAAGAGGAUAUCGUGUCGAGUAUUCGGCUGCUUCUGAUGCUUACACCCACGCUCCUGAAGGUUUCAACGAGUUCUACAAUCAACGUCGUCGUUGGGUACCAUCGACCAUCGCCAACAUCAUGGAUCUUCUCGUGGAUUACAAGAAAACAAUCAAAGUCAACGACAAUAUUUCCUUGCCAUACAUCAGUUACCAAAUUCUGUUGAUGGGAGGUACUAUUUUGGGCCCCGGAACUAUAUUCCUUAUGUUGGUGGGUGCUUUCGUAGCCGCUUUCCAAAUCGACAACUGGACCAGUUUCUAUUACAACAUCAUCCCAAUCUUCUUCUUCAUGUUGGUCUGCUUCGUUUGCAAAUCUAAUAUUCAAUUGCUCUGCGCUCAGAUCCUAUCAACUGGUUACGCCCUGAUUAUGAUGGCUGUGAUCGUGGGUACAGCUCUGCAAUUACGUGAGGACGGAAUCGGUUCACCAUCCGCUAUUUUCUUGAUAGCUAUGACGAGUUCGUUCUUCAUAGCAGCGUGUCUACAUCCGCAAGAGUUUUGGUGCAUCUUACCCGGAAUAAUUUACCUCCUCUCCAUCCCAUCUAUGUACUUGCUCUUGAUCUUGUACUCGAUCAUCAACUUGAACGUCGUAUCCUGGGGUACCCGAGAAGUAGCUGUAAAAAUGACUAAGAAGGAAAUGGAACAGGAGAAGAAGGAAGCUGAAGAGGCUAAAAAGAAGGCUAAGCAAAAGUCGCUGUUGGGAUUCUUGCAGGGUGGAGGUACCAGUGAUGAUGAUGAAGGAAGCAUUGAAUUAUCCGUAGCUGGAUUAUUCAAAUUCAUGUUAUGCACUCACCAGAAGAGCGGAGAUGAAAAGGCUCAACUGAUUCACAUCGCCGAUAGUUUAGAUGUAUUGAGCAAACGUUUGGAUCACAUCGAAAAGGUUGUGGAUCCUCACGGUCACGCCACUAGGAAACGUAGUGUGUCUGUGUCAUCAAGAGGAGAUCAUCAUUUAGGUACAUUGGCUGAAGAAGAAGCUGAAGAUUCUUCAGAAAGCGAUUCCGAAACGAUGUCAACGGUACCACAAAACAAGCGUGACGACCUCAUCAAUCCCUAUUGGAUCGAAGAUCCGGAACUGUGUAAGGGUGAAGUAGAGUUCCUCAGCACCGCCGAGAUCCAAUUCUGGAAGGACUUGCUUGAUAAGUAUUUAUACCCCAUCGAUGAAAACAAAGAGGAAAAGGCCCGUAUUGCUUCCGAUCUAAAGGACUUAAGAGAUCAGUCAGUUUUUGCCUUCUUUAUGGUGAACGCUAUAUUUGUUUUGAUCGUGUUCUUGCUCACCCUGAAGAAGGACUACCUCCAUAUUAAGUGGCCGUUCGGCGUGAAGACCAACAUUACUUACGACGAUAGCUCUCAAGAGGUGCACAUUUCGAAAGAAUACCUUCAGCUGGAACCCAUUGGUCUGGUGUUCGUGUUCUUCUUUGCCCUCAUUUUGGUCAUCCAGUUUACGGCUAUGUUGUUCCAUCGUUUCGGAACGUUAGCUCACAUCCUGGCCGCAACCGAUUUGAACUUGUUUUCUUGUUCAAAGAAGAAGGACGAUCUAUCUCCUAAUGCUCUACUAGAUCGACAAGCGGUGGAAAUAGUCAAACAGCUGCAGAGGCUACAAGGCAUCGAUGAUGGUGAUUAUGAAAAUGAUUCCGGUUCAGGUCCUGACAGGAUAGGAAGAAGGAAAACUAUACAAAACUUGGAACGUGCUGCUCAGAGGAAGAGACAAAUCGGAACUCUUGAUGUAGCUUUCAAGAAGAGAUUCGCCAAAUUGAACGCCAAUGUUCAAGGAGGUACACCAAUCUUGAGCAGAAGAAUGACCAUGGGUAAGGAAACCAUGAAGGCUUUGGAAGUGCGAGUCAACUCGGUGAUGGCCGAAAGGAGGAAGUCCAAUAUGCAAACAUUAGGAGCCAAGAACGAUUUCCAUGCAAACAACAACGGUAACGUUACGAGGAACCACAGGAACAGUACUGCCAGUAUUCCUGUGAAAGAAGUUUUCGAGAACGGACAGGUGAACAAAGCUUUCGAGGAAGAGACUUAUGGAAGCAGGACUUCGUUGCCGAUGCACACCAGGAACACCGUCAACUGGAAGGGCAGUCUGAACCGGAUGUAAUUUAUACGUUAGCUAAAUUGACUAAAUAAUACUCAAAACAAAACGAAAAGAAUACUGCCUCUCGUAUUUUCAUUAUAUAUUUUUAU